UGACAAUUUUACGAAAUCAAUAUGGCGUCAGUCAACGUCAAGUGAAGAGUGCGGUGUUAAAGUUGGUGGCGUUUUUAAAUAAAUUUUCCAAAACUAUGUCGGGUUUUACGGAAAACGCGUUAAUUCGGAAACUCCAAGAACUGAAUUCUAGCCAGCAAAGUAUUCAAACACUGUCCUUGUGGUUGAUCCAUCACAGAAAGCACCACGCUGUUAUUGUGAAAACCUGGUUCAAAGAAAUACUAAAAGCAAAAGACAGCAAGCAACUUACAUUUAUGUAUCUUGCUAAUGAUGUGAUUCAAAAUAGCAAAAAGAAAGGUCCGGAAUAUGGCAAAGAGUUUGGAGAAGUGCUGGUGGAAUCAUUCAAACACAUGGCUAAGACUGGUAUAAACACAAAGACUAAACACUCCUUGCACAGAAUACUCAGCAUUUGGGAGGAAAGAGGAGUCUAUGACUCGCAAAAGAUACAAGAGUUCAAAGAGGCUGUUGAUCCUAAUGAUGCAUUACCUAAAAAAGUAAGCAAACGCAAGUCGGUGGAUGUAGAAGUUGUCAAAACACCGGAGAAGAAGGCUAAAGUAGAGGGGCGCUCGAAGCAGGAACGUCGCCGCAGUGAGACCAAGGAGGUGGACGGACAUCUGGAGACACACACUACUCUCAGCCCCAAGACUCCACCUGGAGACCCUCCAGAACCUGAGGAGCUCGUCAAGGCGCUGUUGGAGUUGGAGGCUAGUGCGUCUAGUGACGAAGCAGUCAGGGAGAGGAUCGCGUCACUUCCGCCAGAAGUGUCGGAAGUGCAAUUAUUGUCUAAGUUAGAAGAUAAGGAGUCGGCCCUAAGUCUGAGUGCCGUGGUGAACUCUGCCGCGGAGCUACUGGCGGAGUACAACCUGAGGCUCAGCGAGGAGAUGGACAAGCGACGCAAAAUGGCCGCCAUGUUGCGGGACUUCGCGCAGGCCCAGCGAGACCUCGCCAAACAGGCUGAAGCUAGAUUAGAGGAAUACAACAUCAAACUUCAGAAGAUCUACGCAGUGAAAGCUGAAGUGAAAUCUCACAUAGAGAAUUUGCCCGACGUAUCCCGACUGCCUGACGUGACAGGCGGUCUGGCCCCGCUGCCGUCAGCUGGUGACUUGUUCAGUCUCUGAGGAAUACUCCCCACCACAACACACAGACGACGUAAAUUACACUCAGUUUGCCCCAUUAAUUAAUUUUAAUGUUAAUUUUAUUUUCUUUAGCCAACUAAAGUGCCUUUUACAUUAACCUUGUGUAGAGGCUGUAUAUUAUAGGGUCAGUGUGUCAGGUAUGCUAAAAAAUCUAUUUUAAAUUAGUAGCACGUCUACAUCUGGCGAAUGAGCCGCGUGCGAGCAUAUUAUGAUGUAUAGUCAUGGUACAAUCGAAGUCAGUCGUCGAGCAAUCUCACAAAACUAUGGCAUAGCAAUAUUAGUUGUACUUAUGACCUUCUUAUAUGUGUGUGUUCUGUACACAGAGCCCGUACAGCGCGGGCAAUAUUGACCAUUGCGGUGUAAGGUGACAGUAGACCGUACAUUACGCCCGCUCGCGUAUUCAUCAAGAUUUGAACGCAACACAUGUAAUGAAUUCCUUAUGUCAAUGUCAAAACGAUUUAUUUCAGUUAGACCAGGGGUUCUCAACCUUUCUUGGUCAAAGAUCACUUUUUAGAAUAUUUUGAUAUGUUCUUCGGUGUUGUCUUUCAUGUGAAACACAUGGACUACAUGGUCCGAACCAUGAUUUUUCUCCAGAGUCGUUAGGCUCGUUCUCGUAAAAAUAGUGACUUUUCGUUUAUUGAAAUCAGUUGAUCCUCUUAGUUGUCUUCUUCGAUAUAAGUUUCAUUCGAGCUUUAACUUUCGUAUUUAUUUGAAACACAAGACAACGCCUCCGUCUUGUACUUUUUUACUAUAUCGCGGACCAUAUUUCGUCUUCUGCGAACCACUCUUAGUCCAUGGACCAUCGGUUGGGAACCACUGAAUUAAACUGACUGACUAAGAAAGCAUUUUUGAACAUUAAAUAAGAUACAAAGUGUCAGCCAGACUUAAUGAAUUCAAACGUUGUCAUCUUCAGUCUCAUAAAACUAAAAUCGACUUUACAGUUAAGCUUUCACGUUUCAUUGUCGGGUGUAAUCAAUCACGUUGUACACACGGCCGGCUGAUAGGUACAUAAGUCGUGGUGGCCCGGAGGUUUAAUUUUGUAUCAGGCAAUAUUCGUUGCCUGAUACAAAUAAAUGUUUAAAACACCCGUUCUCAUGCAUGCAUGAGGAUAAGGGUUCCAAACCUACCAACGUCAAGUACCAAUGUGACUUUUACCGAGUUAUAUGUACUUUCUAAAAUUAUUUAGG